AUGCUGCCACGACACGCCGCAUCGCUAUCGCGCGGCUACAAUGCCACCUCUAGAGCCUCCAUUCUCUGCACAAGACUGUCUCGAGCCCCAGCUGCUCAAUUCCGCACAUCCUUCAGCAGUCGAGGCCUCGUUUCUGCAUCCAAACGCGCGACCCUUCACGCCUCUCCGUUGAGCAAGCAGUACCCCGCCGCUACCGCGAUACGAAACAAGGCAUCCAAGACGCACCCAGCUGAAAGGUCGCGGCUAGCACGGUACACGUACAGGACAAUCACAACGCUCGGGUCCUUUGUCCUCGUCAGCGGCGUUCUCGUCGUCGCCUUCUUCGUCUACGAUGCCUACACGUACAACGACGACCCGAUAACCCAAGACUUGCCUGUCUCAGAGCUUGCCCUGAACCCGCCACGAGGCGGACCCAAGAACCUGCCAAUCGCCAACUACUUUGUCGACGAUGAUGAAAGCCCCGAGAACAAGGAACUCAAGCACAAGCCGAAGCUGGUCAUACUAGGCACGGGAUGGGGCAGUGUCGCGCUCCUCAAGCACCUGAAUGAAGACGAUUACCACGUGACAGUCAUCUCGCCAUCCAACACAUUUCUCUUCACACCUAUGCUGCCGUCGGCGACUGUAGGUACACUAGAACUGCGCUCUCUUGUCGAGCCCGUGCGGAGGAUUAUCAGGAGAGUACACGGACAUUUCCUCAAGGCAAAAGCUGAAGACGUCGAGUUCUCGGAGAAGCUCGUCGAAUGCUCUGCCAUAGACGACCAAGGCAAGGAACAACGCUUCUACGUCCCCUACGAUAAGCUGGUGAUUGGUGUUGGAUCGGUUUCAAACUCACACGGUGUCAAGGGUUUGGAGCACUGCCAUUUCCUCAAGGAUAUCAGCGACGCUAGGAUCAUCCGCAAUCAAGUAGUCAAAAACCUGGAAAAUGCAUGCCUUCCGACAACAUCCGACGACGAGAGGAGGCGGCUCUUGUCUUUUGUGGUUUGCGGUGGCGGACCAACCGGUGUAGAGUUUGCGGCUGAGCUCUACGACAUGCUAAACGAGGACCUCUGCAAGCUUUACCCCAAGAUUUUGCGCAAUGAGAUCUCUGUCCAUGUGAUCCAAUCGCGCAGUCACAUCCUCAACACCUACGAAGAAGCUCUAUCUCAGUACGCCGAGCAGCGAUUUGCACACGACUCGGUCGACAUCCUCACCAACUCGCGCGUCAAGGAAGUCCAGUCUGACAAGAUUCUCUUCUCACAAAAAGACGAAAACGGCAAGGUCAUCACCAAGGAAAUCCCCAUGGGCUUCUGUCUCUGGUCUACUGGUGUCGCUCAAACAGACUUUUGCAAGCGUCUCGCGGCGAAGCUCGACGGCCAAAACAACAAGCACGCCCUAGAAACCGACACACAUCUCCGCCUCAACGGAUCGCCCCUUGGAGACGUCUAUGCCAUUGGCGACUGUGCAACUGUGCAAAACAAUGUCUCAGACCACAUUGUAAACUUUCUUCGUACCACAGCCUGGGAAAAGGGCAAGGACCCCGAAAAACUGCAAAUAUCCUACUCGGACUGGCGCGGCAUCGCCAAGCGCGUCAAGCAACGAUUCCCUCAAGCAGCUAACCAUCUCCGCCGCCUAGACAAGCUCUUUGAACAAUACGACAAGGACAAGUCUGGCACGCUUGAUUUUGGCGAGCUUAGAGAGCUUCUCUUCCAAAUCGACUCCAAGCUUACCUCGCUUCCCGCCACCGCCCAGCGUGCUAACCAGCAGGGCGAAUACCUCGGUCGCAAGUUCAACAAGAUUGCUCAAGCAGCACCUGGCAUGGCUAUGAACAAUGUCGACUAUGGCGAUUUGGACGAUGCAGUAUACAAGGCUUUUGAAUACAAGCACCUGGGUUCCUUGGCAUACAUCGGCAACGCGGCAAUCUUCGACUACAAUGGCUACGGUCUUAGUGGAGGCCUACUAGCUGUCUACCUGUGGAGAGGAGUGUAUUUCGCCGAGAGUGUCAGUUUCAGAACAAGGUGCUUGCUUGCCAUGGACUGGACAAAGAGAGCACUUUUUGGACGAGAUCUGAUGAACUUUUAA